AUGGCUCUCGUACAGAUUUUCCUAGUUCUCGUGGUUUUGUCUUCUGAAGUUGGUGCUAUGUCAUGGAGCAACUGCGGUGAGCUGAGAGAAAUUAAGUAUUGAUUUGAAACUCAAUUUAAUUUAAAGGGAGAACCAGAACUUUUAAUACAAGUUUUGACGAACAACAAAUAUCAAUAAUCGAACCAAAAUUAAUGGCCUCAGUCAAAACUAUCCUUAUCUAGCCAAACGUAGUUUAUACCUUAACUUAUUCUCGAAAAUCGUAUACUUUUAAUGUUGCUGAUUACCGUCGUACACUUCUUGUCCUAAAGAGUGCUCUGAUAUUUGAUAAUUAUAGUUAGUACUGAUUCGCCACCAUAAAGAGUUCUUCAGAUGACAGUUUUCGGGUGCGUGUUCCCCUUCGUCAGAGCAAACAACUAAACAGAAUUCUUGAUGUUACCGUGAUUUCGUAAUGUAUCAACGACGGCAAUGGUGCAUCUUUUUUAAUAAACAGCUAAUCGAUUAAGAUUUCAGUCUCGACUUGUAAUCAGUUAGCUUGAAAAGCUUAUCAAAAGUCACUAUAAUCUUUGCCCUUUAGCUGUGUCCGAUCGAGCAGUUGCGCUGUACAGAGACCAUAAAAACUUUUAACCCGCCAGUGUUAUCCUCUCGGGAAUUAACGAUCGCUUUUCGUGUAAUGCGAAAAGUUCAUAAGGGAAGCUCAACCACACGGGGCGACAGGCUUCGAAAAGUAUGGGAUUAAAGGGAGGCAAAAGGGGCCUUCCACAUUCCCUCUAGAUUCCCUUUAUCGGUUUGCUGUCGCUUGCCAACCGCGUAAACACUCCAUCAAAACUGGCUGGUCUGCAAUCAGCUUUCACAAGUAAAAAGUUGAACAUAAUCCAUUUCUUCUCUGUGUUUUCUUUAACUGUUAACAGAUGGAAGUACGCCCAUAAACGUCAAAGAGAUAAAUCUCAGUCCACAACCAAUCCCUCUUGCGGAAGGUGCUAACAUUAAAUUCAGUGGAAAGUUUAAAUUAGAUGGUACGACUGGGACACAGUAUAGACUGCGCCUUUCACUGUGGAAGAAAGCAUGGUUUACGUGGUUUCGUAUUCCAUGUCCAAAGUGGUAAGGAAGAUCCAUACACUCGUUUUUCUAUAUAUAAGAACGUCCAUUUUUCGUGUUGAGUCUGAAAAAUAAAUUGUUCUUCUCUGAACCUCGGGUAUCAGUUCUUAGUAUGCUCUUAAUAUUUUAGCAAAUUUCAGGCUCAACAUUGUUAUAAAACAGGUUCUUAAAAAAAGAGAGUAAUACAAUUACCAUACAAUGCAAAUCGCCGGAACAAAAAGCUAUGAGGAAACGAAAUAGUUCAAGUUACUAAGAGACGAUAUAUUACUAACAUCACUGUCUCGACGAAAUUAACCUGGACACAGGCGUUAAAGACAGAUUUGAAAAAAAAAGUCAUAAUCGACCAAUUGAAAAUGCUUCUUAGAAUCGAAUAGGAUAUCACCAAAAGAGAACGCUAAUAUAAAAAAAUACUAAAAACAAUAUUAAACAAUCUACAAAUGGAAACUUUUUUCGAUGCAAAACUUCAAAACUUGAGAACAUACCGUUUAAAAAGAUAUGAACUAACACAACGUUUUCAAUUCAGUACUAUAAAAUCUCGGCUCGCUGCAACAAUAAUUUAAUGGUCCGCAUUUAAACUGGGAUGCUCUUUUUGUUAAGUGCAAAAUCGUACUGUACUUUGUUUCUCUUCGAAUAAUGAAAUAUUUUCUAUCAAAUUGUAAAUUGUUCUUGCAAGACCUGUCCCACUUAUCGUUUCUCAUUUAUAUAUAGAUUAUGAUGACAUAUGGGUACUGCUCAAACCAAGGAUAUAAUAAUAAUAAAGUCUUUAUUCGUCAAAAGAUAAAAAUACAUAUUUUUGCUACUAGUGUAUUUAAUUAAGAAAUUCUACACCUAGUAAGAAGUAAGAAUUAAAAUCCAGUAUAUUACAGAGCUAAUUUGGUUAAUUAAUAAAACAGUUUUUAAAACGCAGAGUAUUAAUGUUAAGUUUAGAACAAGUUUCUUUCUUAAGCUGGUAGCUAGAAGGUUUGACUCGAGGCAUUAUAGAUAAGAGUGGAUGUCCAGUAGAGUACGAAAAUUUUCUAAAAAUUUUGUGAUCUUGUCUCUCUAAGAAGUCAUGUACUCUUACAGGCGUAGAAGUGUAUGUAUUUCCCUUUAAAAUAGCGGUGCAAGAAACAUUGUCCAAAUGUAAGAUUGGAAUCGGACGCAGCGUAGACGGAUAACGCAUAAUUAAUAUUAGAUAGAACUAUUGUAUUAAAGAGAAGGUCUAUUUCUGACUGAUUGUACCCAUCUUAUAUAUAUAGUCUGGUACUGUUCAAGAAUUGUACAAAGCUAUCUAGUAACUCCUUUAGUACUUGAGGCUUUCGCCACUUGUAUAUUUUCCUGCCAACGUGUUCAUACUCUUUUCUCCCAUUAAGCGCUAACGAAAUUGGUUGUUUUAUUUAAAGUAGUCAGGACGUGAAAUGCAGUGAGAUAGCCGUCUUCUUAAAAGGAGCAACAUGUCCUCUGCCAUCGAAGGAGUACGUCGUUGAACAACAGUCUUUCCAUUUGAGUAAUUUGCCAGGCUUUCUUACUGCCUUAGUUCCCGAGGUUAGUAGUAAUGACUCUGAAAGCGAAAUAAGGACUAGUUUAAAGGAAUAUGGAAGAUGUUAACUUGUGGUGUUGUUUAUUAUCGUGCACUCAUAAAUGAAAUAAAGUCGAGGCUUGGUUGAACAAAUUGAUACAGAACACCGUACAGAGUAAGAAAAUCACCGAGGAAUACCUAAUAUAUAUUAAGCUUACUUGAAGUCCCCCAGACUGUCUUCAGUUGCUCUAUAAUGGCCGUGCACACAUGAAGAUAACUCGAACAUGAGGUUCAGAGGCUCUCAAAGAUGUUUUACCGCAACGCACGUCAACCGGAAGUGGACUUUUCGCAAUCUUGGGUUUGUAGUUACGCCCAAAUUUGGGGGCAAUUUGUCUCUAUAAGCGUAAAGACACUUAGCAAUACAAAUUUGGUAGCGUUAAGGCGUACUGAAAGGGAAGGCGUCACUUCCGGUUGACAUGCGUCGCCCAUAAACAUCUUUGCUUAAUCUCUUUAUUGUAGUAAAUAGCAUGCUUAGGCAUUAGAACAUCUUUCAUCAAUUCAAAAAGCGGCUUUAAAGAUAUGGAUCUUUUGAAACAACCGUCGAAAGCAAGCUCAUUGUGCCGGAACGUAGAGCUUAGCUCUUGCUAAUGUUUUAUGGAAAGCUCCACUUUGCUAAUUAUGGCCUUAAAUUUAAACGGCCAAUCUACUUCCUGUUAUGAAAAGGUCCACUCACUGGUGGUUAUUUAUUUUUCAGGGAGAUUACUGCGUUAAGGCGGAGCUGCUCGACAGUGGCAGUAAUAAACCUGUUGCCUGUGUCGAAGCAUAUCCUCAGAUCACAAAAACCAAGCCAAGUGGGGAAUUAUAA